AUGAUCGUACAAGUUCCCGCGCCCAAUCGCAAUGCUUCACCUGCUCUCCCGCUCGCAUUGCCAUCGGAGUCUCUGCGACAAAGAAGCGGAACGGUGGAGGGCGGAACGAUGAAUGCUGCCAGACUUGUCCUUCUUCGCAGACGAGCGAGCCAACGUCGUGCGUGCUCAUAGACCGGUUGCAGCGUCUUGGGCAUCGCUUCCACCUCCCGCUCUUGUGCUUCAGGCUCAGCACAGGCUAAAGAGAACUUUGCAUCUUGA